UGUAUCUUUGCUGCUGCCACUCCUGUUGCUGCUGCUGCUGCUGUUGCUAUUGCUGUUGCUGCUGCUGUUGCUCAUGCUGCUGCUGCUGCUGCUACUGCUGCUGCUGCUGCUACUGUUGCUCAUGCUGCUGCUGCUGCUGCUGCUACUGUUGCUGCUACUGCUGCUGCUACUGCUGCUGCUGCUACUGUUGCUCAUGCUGCUGCUACUGCUGUUGCUACUGCUACUGCUGCUGCUACUGCUGCUGCUGCUGCUGCUGCUACUGUUGCUGCUACUGCUGCUGCUGCUGCUGCUGCUGCUGCUGCUACUGUUGCUGCCGCUGCUGCUACUGCUGCUGCUGCUGCUGCUGCUGCUGCUGCUGCUGCUGCUACUACUGUUGCUGCUACUGUUGCUAUUGCUGUUGCUGCUGCUGUUGCUCAUGCUGCUGCUGCUGCUGCUGCUGCUGCUGCUGCUGCUGCUGCUGCUACUGUUGCUCAUGCUGCUGCUGCUGCUGCUACUGUUGCUGCUACUGCUGCUGCUACUGCUGCUGCUGCUACUGUUGCUCAUGCUGCUGCUACUGCUGUUGCUACUGCUACUGCUGCUGCUACUGCUGCUGCUGCUGCUGCUGCUACUGUUGCUGCUACUGCUGCUGCUGCUGCUGCUGCUGCUACUGGCAGUGUAUGUUAG